AUGACGCUCGAAGAUAUGAAAGAAACCUACGUAAAGGCCCAAGCAGAGCUGGCCCAAGAAAGGGCAUCCAUUGAAAACCUCCAGAAGGAGCUCGACUCUGUGAAAAGUACCAAGCACCAGUCACGUUACAAGCCAGGUGCAAAAUCUAAGAAAUUGAUAUUCGAAAUGACCGAUGACUCCGAAGAUCUGUCCGACGACGAAGAGCCGCAUGGAGAAGAAGAUGAAGCAACACCGGACCCCGUAACCAAACGCCUGAACAUGAUGGAAACCCACAUGAAGAAGCAAUGCUCGCUGAUGCUGAAACUGAUUACCAAGCUACCAGGAGCACCCACACCUGUGGAAACAGAACCGACCGACGGGUAUGCAGCAUCGCCGUUCUAUGAGGCAAUCGCUAGAGUGACGGUCCCACACCAGCUCCGACUCCCUACCUGGACUACCCUGUACGACGGAACGUCUGACCCAUACAGACACGUCAACGUCUACAAGCAGCGAAUGUGGCAGAUCGGCAUCCCUUAUGACCUGGUCGAACCCGUCAUGUGCAAAUCGUUCGGAGGAACCCUCGACGGAGCAGCUCUGGAAUGGCUCAUGAACAUCACACCUGGAUCCAUCUACUGCCUGUCCGACCUCAUCAACACCUUCUACCAGCAAUUCGCCAGCAAUCGUCAGUUGGAGAAACAGACAAGUGACCUCGAUCGGUUGGUCCAAGGGCCAACCGAGUCGGUACGCGAUUACUUUAACCGCUUUAAUUGUGAAGAAAUUAGUAUAAAAAACUGUGAUGUCAGCACAGCCAUCGAAGCAUUCAAAAGAGGUCUCGUCCCCAACUCGGAAUUGUACCGGGAGAUAACCAAGUAUCCCUGUGCAACCUUCGAGGAGGUCAGGUCGAGAGCCACUGCCCAGAUGCGGAUCGAAGACGACGAGAUUACGCGAAUGGCUUCUCAGCGACCAGCAGGGGGCAGCAGCGACAGGAGGUCGUACACCCCAAGGAACAACAACUGGCGACACCAGCUGUACAACCGCCAGAACCAAGUACAAAAUGUCAAUCAAUAUGAUGAUACUAACAAUGUUUACAGGAAUGAGCGGGCCGACCACCCUAACAUCUCCGAAUACGGAUUCAAUGUCGACAUCGGAGACGUGGUGAACUCCCUUCAAAAUGUAGGUGGAACAGUCAGGUGGCCCCGGAAAAGUGACAGAACAGAUUCAAUGAAAAACAUGAGCAAAUGGUGUGAUUUCCACCGCGACAACGGUCACAAAACCGAGGAGUGCAUCUCCCUCAAAAAGGAGGUCGCAUUUUUCCUAAAACGAGGACAUUUGAAGGAGCUGCUGAGCGACAAAGGGAAGGAAACAUUCAACAAGGAACAGACCGCCCAACCCGACCCGAUGACGAGCAGCGACCGACCAGAACCACCUACGUUCAACAAAGUGGUAAAUGUUAUUUCUGGUGGAUCAGAUAUUCGUGGACUAACCUCUUCUGCAGCUAAAAAAAUCAACAGAGGAGAAUCAGGAGCCAUCGAAGAGGGACAGACAGAGAAUGAAAUCGUAUUAAACAAGUCCUUGGCAGCAAUGGCUAUCACCUUCGACGACUCAAAUUCAGUAGAUACGCAGCGGAAGCACCAUGACGGUCUGGUAAUAUCACUUCCAAUAGGCAACGCCCUGAUCAAAAGGAUAUUGGUCGACAACGGAAGUUCGGCAAACGUGUUAUUUUUGGAGGCGCGCAGGAAAUGGGACUCGUGGAAAAAAACAUCAUUAAGAGAUAGACGGUCUUGGUAG